UGCAUUUAGCACCCUUUAGGCUGUGUGACUUUGGAAUCAAUGUAAUGGAAAGAUUAAAAGACCUCUCCCUUCCCCUCUGAUAAAUAGAUUACAAGGGAUUGGCUUAUAUAAAAACCAUGGCUUGUACUGCUGCUUUGUUGUUUUUUUUUUUUUCUCUUCCUUAAAGUCAGCUUAAGAGGGGGGCGGCUUGAAAUGAUCUAAACCUUUCACUAGCUAUAGCUGCUCUGUAGUUGACAGGAGCACUCAACAACUUGUCCUGGCUUUCCACGGCACUGGUAGGAGAAUCCCAGAUUUGGCGCUCUCUUCCAUGGAAUACGAGGAAGACGAUGAUGACAUUCACUUUGCCAAAUGGAUGAGUAGUUUCUGGGGACAUAGCGGGGUCGAAGAAAGUGAGAAGGAUCUAAGGAACCAUAAGAAAAAACAAUCCCGUGCCCUGUCAGAGAGGAGAGCAUCGCUUCCCUGCCCGGCCCAGCUCUCUGCCAUGCAUGUGGCCAGGUUCCACUCUUCUUCCAAAGUACCGUCUCCUGUAUAUUUGAAGGGAUGCAAAGACCCUCAUGGGGAUAAAGACAUCAAAAGCAACAACCACUCCAAAUUAAGCAAAUUAUUCUCAGUUGAUUCCUCAGUGCCUGAGAGCAAGGGACAGAAAAAGCGAUCAAAUUCUAUACAAGAAUUCUCUGAAUCAUUUGAAAAGCAGCUGCGCUUCCGGACCAAGCGCUCCACCUCUCUAGGAGAGCAUUCAAUCCCGAGGAGGAAUUCGUCCUGCAGAGAGAAGGUAGGGGAUGAUGCCGCCCAUCCCUUCCAAGUUUCCCACCAAUCCCGUAAAGAAAAAACAUUCUUUUUUUUCAAAGAAAAAAAAACUGACAGCACUUCUUAGAGCCUAGCCCUCUGGGAUAUUAUACAGUCAAUGGGAUCAUGCGUCUCUAAAAUGAAUCUAUUACACAGAUUGUACAAUUACUGUAAUGUAAUGUGCCGCAAAGAUCAACAUGAAUGCCCACCCUUAGCCAUCAGUUUUCUUCUUUUAAUCUAAGGUCCGGUACUAUUUAAUGUAUAUAUUUAGAUUGGUCUGUGCUCAGGUUUUGCCCCACAUAGACAUAAAGUUCUGGAUGCCGCAGCCACACAUUAGAGGUCAGAAUGGCUUAAAGUGGUUGACCAGCCAGGCAGCUAUACAUGUGGAAAGAUCUAUACUUACCUGCUGCUCGUUUCUCUAUUUUGGCUCCCUGAACUGGUCUUCUUGUCCCCAUGUAGACAAGGCCAUCUGUGCUUCUGCAGCAAUGACUGGCCUCAGUGGUGACAUGUCCUGAAGCAGCACGUGACCUAACAGUGAUGUACCCCUUGGGGACACAUCGACACUGAAGACAGUUAUUGGUGCAACGGCACACGUGACAUACGAAAGUUUACAGAACGGGGACCAGAAGACCAGUUAAAUGAGCUAGAGUGCUAAAACAGAGUGAUGGGCAGGGGCGCAGAUGAGUAUGGAUUUUUCCAAAGAUAUAGCUGACUGGAGUGCAACUUAAAAAAU